AUGCAUGGGACCUUCGCCUACCUCGCCCUCUUCCUGACCUGCUCCUUCGCGAGAAGUGUUGGGAAACCACACCAAAACACUGCCCGGACGACCGUUCAAUAUGCUCAGAAGCAGCCGCCAUUGACCACACCUUGGACCGAUGAUGUCGGAACGAAUCCGUGGCCCGAGUACCCUCGUCCUCAGAUGGAACGAACUCAAUGGAAGAACCUGAACGGCAUCUGGCAGUAUCAAAGCGCAUCCAGCCUGAAUGACAGCCAAAAUGCGCCAUUCGGCCAAGAUCUCGCCCAAGAAGUCCUGAUCCCGUCAUGCCUUGAAAGUGGCCUUUCUGGUAUUCAAGGGACCAACACACUAUACUCGUGGUUCCGGACCAACUUCACCGUUCCUAGCACGUGGGAUGGGGAGAACGUGCUGCUCAACUUCGGAGCCGUGGACUAUGAAGCCACUGUGUUCAUCAACGGACAGCAAGCGGGCUUCCAUCGUGGCGGUUACUUCCAGUUCACAGUUGACAUUACACAGUAUGUCGACCUAUCGACGUCUAAUGAGAUGAUUGUUUUCGUGCAUGAUCCCACCGACAGUGACGGUUAUGUCAUCCCCAUCGGCAAGCAGCAUCUCAUCCCUUCGCAUAUCUUCUACACUCCAUGCAGCGGUAUCUGGCAGAGUGUAUGGAUUGAGACUGCUCCGGCGAACUAUGUUACACAACUGGAUCUCAGUGCUGAUAUGCACGGCCAAGUCAAUGUCACUGUCCAUAGCUCCUCCGGUAACGGCACAGCAGUCAAUAUCUCCGUUCUUGAUGGAGACGAUGUGGUUGGAUCGGCCAGCGGCAUUUCGGAUCAGCCCCUACUAUUCAAUGUGUCCGAUCCGAAGCUCUGGUCCCCAGAUUCCCCCAACCUGUACAACGUGUCAGUCACUAUGGGGCAGGAUAAGAUCUCAAGCUACACCGGAUUUCGUACCUUUUCGAAGGGAACUGUAGAUGGUGUCGUCCGGCCCCUGGUGAACGGGAACUUCACCUUCAUCUUCGGAACGCUGGAUCAGGGCUACUGGCCAGAUGGAAUCUAUACACCCCCGAAUCGUGAGGCUAUGGUUUAUGAUCUCCAGUUCCUCAAGGACCUGGGCUUCAACAUGGUCCGGAAGCAUAUAAAAGUUGAGCCCGCGCUCUGGUAUCGCGCCUGUGAUGAAAUGGGUCUCCUGGUGAUCCAGGACAUGCCAUCUCUUCGGCCGCUGGAGACCGAGACGGACGCUAACGGGGUGACUCAAACGGUGCUGCCGAACGCUGACCAGCAAAACGAAUUCGGUCGGCAGCUUGAGCUUCUCGUCAACCAGCUUAAAAGCUAUCCUAGCAUCUUCACCUGGGUGAUUUACAACGAGGGCUGGGGCCAAAUCACCAGCUACUAUCCCGAAUUUAACCUGACGUCGAUUGUGAAGCAGCUUGACCCCACCAGACUGGUUGACGCGACAUCCGGCUGGCAUGACCAUGGUGCGGGUGACUUCAGUGACAACCAUCAUUAUGCGAACCCUCAGUGUGGCACUCCUUUCUAUUCCAUCGACUCGACCCCGUAUGAUUCGAACCGGAUUGGCAUCCAAGGAGAAUUCGGAGGUCUCGGUCACAACGUCUCGAUCGACCAUCUCUGGAACAACCAAGAAGCCAUCAACAGCAUCAACCAGACCUAUGAGGUUGAUCUGGAUCUCGACGCUUGGAACUAUCGCAGCCACCUUCUGCUUUCCGAGCUCCAAGAUCAGGUCCGUCUGUAUGCCUGCAGUGCGGGUGUGUGGACUCAGACCGCGGACGUUGAGGGCGAGGUGAACGGGCUGAUGACGUACGAUCGGAGAGUCAAGCGCGUGGAUGAGAGCCAGUGGAAGGCUGACAUCCAAGGCCUGUAUGAUGCGGCGUCCAACCGGACCAAUUCUUCAUCGUCGAAGAACUGA